AAGGCCGCUGAUGGGAAAGAAGAAGUGAAGUGGGAGUGUGGUGCGGCGAGCGGGCGCGGGCGCUGGGUGAAGAGAGCAGGGGAGGGCUGAGGGCCGGGGCUGAGCAGUGCAGAGGCGGCCCCAGCACACACAUCGAACUUCCCUUUCUUUCUGCAGACAGGACAGUGGCAGCGGCGGAUGGCAGCGGCUCUCCAGGUAGAGUCUUACUCAUCCAUAGAGCAACUCAGCCACCCAGCCAUCGAGGGGAGGCUGCAGUACACGGCGUGGGGAGAGCACUCGAGUUGGAGUCUGGAGCUCUGGGUUCGAGUCCCAGCUUGACCACUGGCCUGCCGUAACCCCAGGCAAACUCUCGUGCGGUUUCCAGUUUCCCCACGAUCAACUGGAACCAUCUUGGUCAGCAGGGGAGCCGGUUCUCGGAAGACAGGACAUGGAUUGCUGGGGGGCCUUUCUCCUCUGCCUGUGUUUCAUGACCUCUCAGAGUGAGACAAUGGAGACAUCCCAAGACCCCCUGCUCUGGAUGGAGAAACUGGAGAGAAUGGCCAGGAGCCGCAACUCAACUUCUGCUCACCGGCAGGGGAAAGCCAGAAAAGGCUUCCGGAAGGAGGAGUCAACAGAGCCGGACCAGAAAGAGAGCUCUCUUGCCCUCAGCCUCAUCCGGGGCCUGGAACGCAGACUGUUGAACGCCAGCUUUGGGGGCAGCAACCUGACCUUGCAGACGCCCACCAUCCAGUCACUGGUCUUCAAGCUGGGCUGCAGCUUCCCCGGCCUCUCACUGAGCAGCGCCACCAUGGAGGGGGACCCCCAGGCCUGGGUCUCACACGCCAUGCAGUUCCCGGCCCAGCUGACCCAGGACGCCUGCAGGAACAGCCCCAGGGAGCUGCGUCUCAUCUGUACCUACUUCCUCACCGACUACUUCUUCCAGAAUACCAACUCAUCUCUGCUCAAUAACUACGUCCUGGGUGCCCAGCUGGGUUCCGGACACGUGAGCAAUCUCAAGGAGUCGGUCAACAUCAGCUUUCGGCACAACCAAAGCCUGGAAGGCUACACGGUGACCUGUGUCUUCUGGAAGGAAGGAGCCAGCAAACAUUACUGGGGGGUCUGGAGCCCCGAGGGCUGUCGCACAGAGAAGCCCUCACAUUCCGAGGUGCUCUGCCGUUGCAACCACCUCAGCUAUUUUGCUGUUCUCAUGCAACUGUCCCCAGCCCAGGUCCCUCCAGAGCUGCUGAAGCCUCUCACGUACAUCACCCUGGUGGGCUGCAGUGUCUCCAUCGUGGCCUCGCUUCUCACUGUCCUGCUGCACUUCCAAGCCAGGAAGCAGGGUGACUCCUUAACACGCAUUCACAUGAACCUGCACGCCUCCGUGCUGCUCCUGAACGUCGCCUUCCUGCUGAGUCCGGUGCUGGCCGUGGCCCCCGUGUCCGAGUCAGCGUGCACGGCGCUGGCCGCCGUCCUGCACUUCGCCCUGCUCAGCAGCUUCACCUGGAUGGCCAUCGAAGGCUUCAACCUCUACCUGCUCCUAGGGCAUGUCUACAACAUCUACGUCCGCCGAUACCUGCUCAAGCUCUGUGCGGUGGGCUGGGGGGUCCCGGCCCUCCUGGUGCUGUCUGUUCUUGUUGCCAAGAACUCAGUGUAUGGACCCUAUGUAAUUCCACUUGCCAACAGCCAGGAAAACGGCACGGGCUUCCAGAACACAUCCAUGUGCUGGGUGCGGGACCCCUGGGUGCACAGCAUCUUGGUCAUGGGCUACAGCGGCCUCACGUGUCUUUUCAACCUGGUGGUGCUGGUCUGGGCUCUGCGGGUCCUGCACCGGCUGCGGGCCCGAGACAAGGUGCCAAGCACGCGGGCCUGCCGGGACAGCGUCACCGUGCUGGGCCUCACCGUGCUUCUGGGCACCACCUGGAUCUUGGCUUUCUUCUCCUUUGACGUCUUUCUGCUGCCCCAGCUCUUCCUCUUCACCACCUUCAGCUCGCUGUACGGUUUCUUCCUCUUCCUGUGGUUCUGCUCCCACAGGUGCCGCUCCGAGGCAGAGGUGGAGGCAGAAAUGGAGGCGUUCAGCUCCACCCAGACGACGCAGUAGUCCGGGCCCCUUUUCCAGCAGCCCCGGCUUCUCCAGCUGCCUGCAGCCUGGGACUCCCGCCUCCCCCAGAGAAGGCUGCAGGCCAGCUGCUGGACACCGGAGGCCACUGUGGCCUCCAGGGAGGCUUUUCGACCUCCACGGCUU